CAAUCAUUGAUUAUCUUAUCACCUACACCGUGUGGAUUAUGCACUUAUUAUUUAUGUAAUCAGGCUACCUGCGGAGGAAUUCUUAGAGACAGCCAUGGUGAUAUAUUUACUUGUUCAAGUGGGCAUGUAUAAAAUCAAGUGGUUGACUAUCUUGUGGAUAUAGUGCUUCGUCAGAGCAACGAGCGGAUGGAGUUGAUUGUGCCACCUCUUGGGAUUAAUCAACAAGUGAUCGACUGAGUCCAGCCAUCUAGAGAAUCAAUAGCCAUUACAACAUCAUAGAUAUAUGAGUGGCGAUGGAGGGAAGCACUGUCGCCUCAAAAAACCGGCCACCGCCCAGCUCCGGCAACCUGAUAACAGUUCUCAGCAUUGACGGCGGAGGAAUAAGAGGAAUUAUCCCCGGUGUCAUCCUUGCCUAUCUAGAGAAACAACUUCAAGAGCUGGACGGUGAGGAUGCAAGGAUCGCCGACUACUUCGACGUGGUUGCCGGAACCAGCACCGGCGGGCUUGUGACGGCGAUGUUGACAGCGCCUGACAAAGAUAAACGCCCUUUGUAUGCAGCCAAGGAUAUAGUUCCUUUCUAUCUCAAGCACUGCCCCGGCAUCUUUCCUCAGACUAGCGGGCCGUUUUCUUGCAUUAUUGAUCUGUUCAAAGCUUUCACUGGACCUCGCUAUAAUGGGGAAUACCUUCACAAACUUGUAAGGGACAUCCUGGGAGUUACAAGGGUGCACGAAACAUUAACCAAUGUGGUUAUCCCUACCUUUGAUAUCAAGAAUCUCCAGCCUACCAUCUUCAACUCUUACGAGGCACCAGAAGAUUCCAUUUGGGAUGUGCAGCUCUCAGAUGUAUGCAUUGGCACCUCUGCAGCACCAACUUAUCUACCAGCCCACUAUUUCAAGAACUACGAUGCUCAAGGAAAGGAACGAGAAUUCAACCUCGUUGAUGGCGGGGUGGCCGCUAAUAACCCGACUCUGGUGGCGAUCGGCGAAGUGACUAAGCAAGUGAUGAAUCAGCACUCAGAUUUCUUCCCAAUCAAGCCAUUCCAGUACGACCGGUUACUGGUAUUAUCGGUGGGGACAGGCACCGCGAAGAACGAGCACAAGUACGACGCUCAAACGGCGGCUAAAUGGGGGCUGUUUGGCUGGCUCUUCAACGCCAAAUCUUCUCCGUUAACCGACACCUUUUCUGAUGCAGCUACCGACAUGGUUGAUUUCCACAACUGUGUUGUCUUCCAAUCUCUUCAAUCACAGGAUAACUACCUCAGAAUCCAAGAUGACACGUUGACCGGGGAUCUGUCAUCCGUGGAUAUAGCGACAUCGGAGAACCUAGAAAAUCUUGUGAAAGUUGGGGAGGGGCUGCUGGAAAAACCGGUGUCCAUGGUGGAUUUGUCCACCGGAGAAUAUAAACCGGUUGAAAAUGGACGCACAAAUAUGGAAGCACUUCAAAAGUUUGCUAAACUGCUUUCUGAUGAAAGGAAGGCAAGGGGCUCCACAAAUGGCGCAGCUGUUCAAUCCUCGGACUGAGCUACGAUGAUGUCUCCUCGGAGACUGCCUUGCCAUCCAUGUAUCCGGGGUUGUUUAUUAUAACCAUUAUGUACGUAUCACGAAAAAAUAAUAAUAAAAUACUGAAUAAAAAAUAACCAUUACCUACACUCCACUCUAUAUUCUCGAUUCAAUUGCUCCAACGUGUAAAAAAUAACCCAUCUUUGUAUCAUCAAUAAAUUCAGCAAAAAGAGGUGGCCAAGCAAGUUAAUUAAUUUAUUUCUUUUUAGUUCA